ACCCCCGCCCUGUCACCACACAGAUUGUUUUUACUUACUCUGUUUUCUUCCAUUCUUUUCUCCCUCUGCCCUUCCCCCAAAUUUCACCCGCCAUCAAACGCACCCUUCUCUUCUUUGUGCCUUCACUUUUACCAUUUCUCGCUUCCACCUUCUCACUUUCAGUACUUACUUUGCUUGCUCUCUUUCUGCAUUCCCCAACACACCUUUCCUUCUUCUUCUUCUUCUCUCCCUCUUCCUGUCCUUCCGUUACUCUAUGUAAAGCAAGAGCAAGGAGGAGAAAAGAAGGAGAAUGGAUGUUUUGUUGCUGGAGACUGGAGUCGUCCAUUGUUGAGACCAGAAAGUGAAAAUCUUUCGACUUCCAGAAGAAAAAAAAAAGGGAAAUGGCCGCCCCUGCAUCAGGUUGUUCUCCCCACUCUUCUUCCUCCGUUAAAUCGUUGCCGCCGCCGUGCCCCAAGUCGCCGCCGGACUACCCUGAUUUGUAUGGCAAACGCAGGGAAUUGGCUAAAGUUCAGAUGCUCGAGCGAGAAAUUAACUUCCUUGAGGUAGAGCAUUUACCCCUGCUUUCUUUCAGUGUACUCUGUUUCGGUUUAGACGCGCCUCCAUUUGAAUCGAAAUUUACAGUGAAGCCCUUUACUUUUCCGCUAGUGAUGAAAAGAGAGAGAAGAGCUAAAAUUUGUACAAAGUCUACACCCAGCAUCCCAAUGCUGCAAAGAAGUAAGCGAUUUUGUGGUAGGGAACCCGGACCCGCUGAUACCCACCAGAAACCGAAAGAACAGAAGGUCUUGCCGAUUCUGGAAAUGGCUAUGGUACUACUUUCUUUGGGAUACCCUGUUUCAACUUCUCAUGGAUUUGCUGCUGCUGCUGCUCCGGUUUCUCUUGCUGUUGUCCAAAAUUGCCACGCUGCUACGUCUCCAAUCCCUGCCCUCGCACAUCUAGUUGCUGUUCCAGCCGCUGCUGCGACGGCUGUUGUAACUGCCGCAGCUGCCUCCCUCCGCCGCCCAACAACUGGCCCUGCUGCUGCUUCUCCUCCGCCGCCGCUUCCUGUGGCUGUCGUUUUCCCAGCUUCAAUUGCUGCAUCUGCGGAAACUGUAGAAAGAUCAGCAGCGGUGGCGGUGGCGGAAGCAGCGAGAAGAACAACUCCUGCUGCUGUCCUGAUUUGAGUUCUUGCUGUUGCGCUUUCAAGUUCCCUUCUUUUUCUUGCUGCUCGAAAAAUGGCUGCGGCGGCGGCGGCGGCGAGAAGAACAACUCUUGCUGCACAUGGAAAUGGAAAUGGUGCUGCUGUCCCAAGGUACGGCGCCCUCGUUGUUGCAAAUGUACAAAGAAUCAGUGUAACUGCUGCAGUAAUCCAUGCUGCUGCUGUCCAUCGUUCUGAUGAUUUCCAGAGGGAGAAGAAAAGUAGGAAUUGCAUAAUUGAUUAGUAGACUGGAAGGAAGCGCCUGCGUAUAGUUUAAUUCGAAUAUAUCUCUAUUGGGUUGGGCUUCUCCUGUGGAUAUUAUGUAUACGCAAUGAUCAAUUAGUUAGUUAAUAAAUAAAGAAUGGGUUAGUAAUUAUGAAUAUUAU